GAGCAGCUAUAAACAGUCAUUCCUUCACCAGCAUCCCUUUUUUCUCUCUUAUGAAAUCAAAAGACAACAGAAACAGCAGCUUGUCAUGUUACUGAGAAACGAUGUAGUAUAAACUCCUCUGUCCUGAAGAUGUCAGGAAAUUUACAGCUUCACCUCUGACUGUUACAAAGCCCUGACACUGGAGACUCCUUCCAUAAAUAAACAUCUCUCACAUAGUUAUGUAUCAUUUAGUCUAAAGAAAGUUCAGUUUAACUGUUUAGUAUCUUGUAUGCUGGUUUUGUUACUUGGUGUAAUUUUAUUUUAUGUUUUUAGUUACAUAUAGAAUCUUUAUAGAAGAAUGAUGUCCCUAAAAACAUCUUCUCUGCUUUGUCUGAUCUUUCUCCUCAGGAUCACAGCUCUGGGGACUGAAUGGAGUGUGAAAUACAGCCAACGAAAUCUCUGUGCUUUAAAAGGAUCUACAGUGAUUAUGAACGUCACUUACACACACCCAACAGGUCUUACAGUGAAAGACAGGUUUUGGUUCAUAAACCCAGUUAAGGGUAAAGAGCCGACUGAUCUGUGUAAUGAACCAGGUUACUCAGGUAGAGUGCAGUAUUUAACAGAUGGACAGAAUCACUUCUCCCUCAGACUGAGUGAUGUGAAGAAAACAGAUGAACACAUGUACUGCUUCAGAAUCACAACAAACACAGAGAAAGACAAAUACACUGGUUAUCCUGGAGUUACACUCAAGGUUACAGAUCUCAAUCUUCAGAUCGCUCCUGCAGCAGUGACAGAGGGACAAUCAGCCGUUCUGACCUGUAAAACCACCUGCAGUCUGACUGAUCCAACAUUCAUCUGGUACAAAAACAGCCAUCAUUUAACCACAAAGACCAGCGAGGGCAAUGAAGUCCGUCUGCAGUCAGUCAGCAGUGAGGAUGCAGGCAGUUAUAGCUGUGCUGUAAGAGGAUAUGAACAUCACUCUCCUGCUCAAACCCUCAGAGUCAGAUAUCCUCCAAAGAAUGUCUCAGUGUCCAUCAGUCCCUCUGGUGAGAUAGUGGAGGGCAGUUCAGUGACUCUAACCUGCAGCGGUAAUGCCUACCCACCUGUGCAGAACUACACCUGGUAUAAGGUGAAAGAAUCAUCACCUGUAGGAUCUGGACAGAGUUACAGAGCUGGACAGAGUGGACAGUACUACUGUGAGGCUCAGAAUGAACACGGCUCUGACAGAUCAGCUGCAGUGUCCAUCACUUUUAAUGAUGUUUCUGUGAUGGUGUAUGUUGCUGUUGGACUCGGACUUUUUGGGCUUGCAGCUCUUCUCUCUGCACUCUUCUGGCUGAGAAGCAGGAGACAGAAGAAGAAGAAGGCAGAUGAAGAUGAAGGUGACUGUCAGGUG